AUGUCCAAUGGGAUUCCACCUCCAGUGCCGGCAAAAGCACCAACAAAGCACUGGAAUUUAGGGGUUGGCCCAAUUUUGGCCCAUUCCUUCAAUGCAGACCGUAGUAGUAAGUCGUUUCUGCUUUUCUUUUGGAGUCUAGGCCUCAACAAAGGUGCGCCGGAUCAGUCCAAGUAGAAAAGGACUAGUUUCUAUAUAAUUUCACAUUAUUUUAGACAACAACAUAUUUUCUUUUUAGUGCUUGCCGUUUCGUCCGCAGAAACGAUUUACGUUUUCCACUUGGAUAAAGGGGAGUGGAAUUUACUCACGGAGAUUCACGAACAUGAUCUACACGUUACUUGUUUGGAUUGGGCCGCCAAAACGAAUCGUUUGGUAUCCGGAUCACAUGAUAAGAAUUCCUUCGUUUUCACAGUCUCUCCAGAUAACGUUUUCAAACCGGAAUUGGUGUUGGUACGAGCGUUGAGGGGGAUUACGAGUUGUAAAUGGUCUCCGCUUGGUAAGCACUUUUUCUUUGUUUUCUAUGAAGUUUAGGUAAUCGAUGAAGGGAAGUGGUGGGGAAAAAUGUACUUUUCUUUUUCAGAAAACAAGUUUGCUAUUGGAACGCACUGUAAAACCGUGGCCGUUUGUUUUUACGAGAAGGAAAAUGACUGGUGGAUCUCAAAACAUAUCAAAAAGGACCUUCAAUCUACAGUUAAAUGCUUAGAUUGGCAUCCAAACAAUGUACUACUGGCUGUAGGAACCACUGAUUUUAAGGUGAGAAAGAGGCUUUUGUUUAGUCAAUUUGGCAUUUUAGGUGUAUGUUUUCUCGGGGUACUGUAAGGAAGUAGAUGAAAAGCCCGCCCCGAACCCAUGGGGAUCUAAAUUGCCCUUCGGGAUCCUUCUUGCCGAGUUCACAACUUACGGAUGGGUCAGAUCUCUUGCAUUCUCGCCGUCAGGAAAUCAGUUGGCUUGGACGACACAUGCCGCGGAGAUUUCCGUGGUCAACAAGGCAAAUGGAGGAAAUGAAGCCAAGCCAGAGACUGUUCGGCAUCAAUUUUUGCCCUUCAAUCAGAUAAUGUUCACCGAUGAAAAUACGCUGCUAGCUAUUGUAAGUUGCUUUGAUUAUAGUCUUUUCGAAAUUUAGACGGAAGAAGAGUGCAUUUAUCUUUCAGGGGCAUGAAUUUUCUCCAGUGCAAUUCAAAGUUGAGAAUGGAAAACCAAAGUAUCAACGAAAAAUUGAUAUUCCGUCCGCCGAGAAGAAUGAAUCUACCGCUUCGGCCUUCAAAAUGUUCCGCUCCAUUGAUCGAACGGCCGCUCAACAAACGGCCGACGAUGGGAAGCCAAAAACUCUUCAUCAAAACACUGUUACGUAAGUAAUUGUUAAUUCUUUCCGUAUUGGACACCUUGAUCAAUAUAAUUUUCUAUUUUUUAGAAAUCUCCGCGCCUACGCAUCCGGCCCUAAGGGCAUAACAAAGUUCACAACGGUUGGUCUGGACGGUCAAUUGGUUCUGUGGGAUCUGAAAGUAAGUUUGGAUACCUCUUUUUAUUACUCAAAACCUUUAGGCCGCUAUUGCAUUUACUCAUCCGGCUGCCCCGGAACUUGUAGAAACGGUAAAAUAGAGUGAUAAAACAGGCUAAUGUUUUGAGAAUGACAAUGAAAAUGACCCAUGAGACUAAUAUUGUCCGAUAUUACACUAGGCGAGGAUAACAAAUAUUAACAGAGUGCACAUAAAAUUACAUAACUGUUGAGUGGAUUUGACACUGGAUGAGAUGUUUAUAGGAUUAAUCCUUUAAUUUCAGGACUAG